AUGUUCCCCGCGCAAGCCUCUCACCGCCGCCAACGGCGCGACGAAAACGCGCCUCCGCGCUCCCUCACUCCCGCCCUUCCCCCACUCGUUCAUGGCUCUCUGCGGAGAGUCCUGAGGCCCACUAAUGGGCCUCUAGAAGCCAGGGUUGAGGGCCCCGCUCCGGCCCCGGUUGUUGCCCAGCCUCCUCCUGCCCCCGUGUAUCCGUGGGCUUCCGACAUCUGA